GUGAAUACUGCUAUGCAUGAGGCAAAACUUAUGGAAGAAUGUGACGAGUUGGUAGAGAUCAUCCAGCAGAGGAAGCAAAUGAUUGCUGUCAAAAUCAAAGAGACAAAGGUUAUGAAACUGAGAAAGUUGGCACAGCAAGUUGCUAAUUGCCGUCAGUGUCUUGAACGGUCAACAGUCCUUAUCAACCAAGCUGAACAUAUCCUGAAAGAAAAUGACCAGGCACGGUUUCUACAGUCUGCAAAAAAUAUUGCUGAGAGGGUUGCUAUGGCAACUGCAUCUUCUCAAGUUCUGAUUCCAGACAUCAAUUUUAAUGAUGCUUUUGAAAACUUUGCUUUAGAUUUUUCUAGAGAAAAGAAACUGUUGGAGGGGCUAGACUACUUAACAGCCCCAAACCCACCAUCUAUCCGAGAGGAACUCUGUACUGCCUCCCAUGACACCAUUACAGUCCACUGGAUCUCAGAUGAUGAGUUCAGCAUCAGCUCCUAUGAGCUUCAGUACACCAUAUUCACUGGCCAGGCUAACUUCAUCAGUAAGUCAUGGUGUAGUUGGGGCCUGUGGCCAGAGAUAAGGAAAUGUAAGGAAGCAGUAAGCUGCUCAAGAUUGGCCGGGGCGCCACGAGGCCUAUAUAAUUCAGUGGAUAGCUGGAUGAUUGUGCCCAACAUUAAACAGAACCAUUACACAGUGCAUGGACUCCAGAGUGGGACACGCUACAUCUUCAUUGUUAAAGCCAUAAACCAAGCAGGCAGCCGGAACAGUGAACCCACCCGACUAAAAACAAACAGCCAGCCCUUUAAACUGGAUCCCAAAAUGACUCACAAGAAAUUGAAGAUCUCCAAUGAUGGAUUGCAGAUGGAGAAGGAUGAAAGCUCUCUGAAGAAAAGCCAUACCCCAGAGAGGUUUAGUGGCACGGGGUGCUAUGGGGCAGCAGGAAAUAUAUUCAUUGAUAGUGGCUGCCACUAUUGGGAAGUAGUCAUGGGUUCCUCAACAUGGUAUGCAAUUGGUAUUGCCUACAAAUCAGCUCCAAAGAAUGAAUGGAUUGGCAAGAAUGCUUCCUCAUGGGUCUUUUCUCGCUGCAAUAGUAACUUUGUGGUGAGACAUAACAACAAGGAAAUGCUGGUGGAUGUGCCUCCACAGUUGAAGCGUCUAGGUGUGCUCCUGGAUUAUGACAACAACAUGCUGUCUUUCUAUGACCCAGCUAACUCUCUCCAUCUUCAUACUUUUGAUGUGACCUUCAUUCUUCCAGUUUGUCCAACAUUCACAAUCUGGAACAAAUCCCUAAUGAUCUUGUCUGGCUUGCCUGCCCCAGAUUUUAUUGAUUACCCUGAGCGUCAGGAAUGCAACUGCAGGCCUCAAGAAUCUCCCUAUGUGUCUGGGAUGAAAGCUUGCCAUUAAGUUUCAAGAGAGCAUAUAAUUCACUGGCUCUCCUGUUCAGCAAUUCUUUCCCUCUUAAACCUUGGUUAGUGUUCAAUAUACGAGAUACAAAAUAAAGUUCAUUUGGAGCAUCCAAAAUAACUAGAUAUUGUAGAUUUAAUUUUUGUGCAUUAAAGCUUGUAUUUGAAUUAAUGUAUUGAGCUUCUCAGAACAAAUUAUCUGAGUAGUCUGGGUUCAAGCCAUUGGAGAAGAAAUUUAGAGAACGCCUCUGCUAUCAUUGGAGAAUUGAAAAUUCCCAAUGAUUUUAGAGUACAGAUGAUAUUGGAAAGAAUUAGGAUAAUUCUAGGUACAUAAUGGAGAAAGAAUGCUCUGAACAAAGGGUUAGUCAGCCAGAACUGGGAAUAGUGGUCAUCCUUUCUAGUACUGGCCAGUUUGGCCAAGGAGAAU